CUUCUGCUUCAUGAGUUUUAUCUCCUUUUUAUUAUAGGAAAUUUCCUAUAAUACUUGUUUUCAAAAACUGGUUCUCAAACUUGGCUACAUGUUGGAGUUACCUGGGAAGCCUUAAAAUUACCUGAACUCUACUCUCAAUUAUUUUGAUUUAAGUGGUGUGGAGUAUAGCCUAGACCUUGGGAUACAAGCACUCUUAGUAUAUUAUCUUAUAUAUAAAAUCAUUAAAAUGACCUAUGGGCUAUGUACAAUUUACAGAUGAGGAAACUGAGGCCAUAAGAAGUUAACUCACUUGCUUAAGAUCAGCUAAUUGGAGUCGGUCAGGAUUUAAACCCAGGUAAGAAGAUUGUUGUAUCAACUCAAGAAAGCAGUAACCUCACUGUCUUUGUAUUUUGAAUUGCAACAACAACUUUGAUAUCAACAAUGAAGCAAUGAUAUCUAAGGACAAAAGAGUAUUUGCCAACAGUCAUCAUAAUAUCAAGUGAUUGUAUAAGCAGAAACAAGCUGUCACAGACCUGUGUGUCAGCUAAUAUAUGGAGAAUGCUUUCUUCUGAUGCUAUUUACUUAGAGGCAGUUUUAAUAUAAAUUAUUUCAAUUAUAUCUACAUCAAAUAAAAUAAAAAUGAGUGAGGCCCCCAGAUUCUUUGUUGGACCAGAAGAUACAGAAAUAAAUCCUGGAAAUUAUCGACAUUUUUUCCACCAUGCAGAUGAAGACGAUGAGGAGGAAGAUGAUUCUCCACCAGAAAGGCAGAUUGUGGUUGGAAUAUGCUCCAUGGCAAAGAAAUCCAAAUCCAAACCAAUGAAGGAAAUUCUUGAACGGAUCUCCUUAUUUAAAUAUAUCACAGUAGUAGUAUUUGAAGAGGAGGUUAUUUUGAAUGAACCAGUGGAAAACUGGCCUUUAUGUGAUUGUCUUAUUUCUUUCCAUUCUAAAGGAUUUCCACUGGACAAAGCGGUUGCCUAUGCAAAACUCAGGAAUCCAUUUGUAAUCAAUGACUUGCAUAUGCAGUAUCUCAUACAAGAUAGGAGAGAAGUAUAUAGUAUUCUUCAAGCUGAAGGUAUUUUACUUCCUCGUUAUGCAAUUUUGAACCGUGACCCAAAUAAUCCCAAAGAAUGUAAUCUGAUUGAAGGGGAAGAUCAUGUAGAAGUAAAUGGGGAAGUUUUUCAAAAGCCAUUUGUAGAAAAGCCAGUCAGUGCAGAAGAUCACAAUGUUUACAUUUAUUACCCAACUUCUGCUGGUGGUGGAAGUCAAAGACUCUUUAGAAAGAUUGGCAGUAGAAGUAGUGUUUAUUCUCCAGAAAGCAAUGUACGAAAAACAGGCUCAUAUAUAUAUGAAGAGUUUAUGCCCACAGAUGGUACUGAUGUUAAGGUUUAUACAGUGGGUCCAGAUUAUGCCCAUGCUGAAGCUCGAAAAUCUCCAGCACUUGAUGGCAAGGUGGAACGAGACAGUGAAGGAAAAGAAGUACGAUACCCUGUUAUUCUCAAUGCACGAGAGAAAUUAAUUGCUUGGAAAGUCUGCCUUGCCUUUAAGCAAACAGUUUGUGGCUUUGAUUUGUUACGGGCCAAUGGACAGUCCUAUGUCUGUGAUGUCAAUGGCUUCAGUUUUGUGAAAAAUUCCAUGAAGUAUUAUGAUGACUGUGCAAAAAUACUUGGAAAUAUUGUAAUGCGAGAACUUGCUCCACAAUUUCAUAUUCCAUGGUCAAUACCCUUAGAAGCUGAAGAUAUCCCAAUUGUACCAACUACAUCUGGAACUAUGAUGGAACUUAGAUGUGUCAUAGCUGUUAUACGUCAUGGGGAUCGAACACCAAAACAAAAAAUGAAAAUGGAAGUGAGACAUCAAAAAUUUUUUGAUCUUUUUGAAAAGUGUGAUGGAUAUAAAUCAGGGAAAUUAAAACUCAAAAAACCAAAACAGUUACAGGAAGUGCUAGAUAUUGCACGACAGCUUCUUAUGGAGCUGGGGCAAAAUAAUGAUUCUGAAAUUGAAGAAAACAAGCCAAAACUUGAACAACUUAAGACUGUAUUGGAGAUGUAUGGUCAUUUUUCUGGAAUAAAUCGUAAGGUUCAGUUGACCUAUCUCCCUCAUGGUUGUCCUAAAACAUCUAGUGAAGAGGAGGACAGCCGAAGAGAAGAACCAUCUUUACUUUUGGUUCUAAAAUGGGGAGGUGAAUUAACUCCUGCAGGCAGGGUCCAGGCUGAAGAACUUGGAAGAGCCUUCAGGUGUAUGUAUCCUGGAGGUCAAGGAGAUUAUGCAGGAUUUCCUGGUUGUGGUUUACUUAGAUUACAUAGCACCUACAGACAUGACCUCAAAAUAUAUGCCUCUGAUGAAGGACGAGUCCAGAUGACUGCAGCUGCUUUUGCAAAGGGGCUUUUAGCUUUGGAAGGAGAGCUUACACCCAUUCUUGUUCAAAUGGUGAAAAGUGCAAAUAUGAACGGUCUUUUGGAUAGUGAUAGUGACUCUCUGAGCAGUUGUCAGCAACGUGUGAAGGCAAGGCUUCAUGAAAUACUUCAGAAAGACAGAGAUUUUACUGCUGAAGAUUAUGAAAAGCUUACUCCAUCUGGAAGCAUUUCUCUUAUCAAAUCAAUGCAUUUAAUUAAAAAUCCUGUGAAGACCUGUGAUAAAGUUUAUUCCUUAAUUCAGAGUUUGACUUCUCAAAUCAGACAUCGAAUGGAAGAUCCCAAAUCAUCAGAUAUUCAGCUUUACCAUAGUGAAACAUUGGAGCUUAUGCUACGUAGAUGGUCCAAGUUAGAGAAAGACUUUAAAACAAAGAAUGGAAGAUAUGAUAUUAGUAAAAUCCCUGACAUAUAUGACUGUAUAAAAUAUGAUGUCCAGCAUAAUGGUUCCUUGAAAUUAGAAAACACAAUGGAAUUAUAUAGGCUUUCGAAGGCAUUAGCAGAUAUUGUUAUCCCUCAGGAAUAUGGUAUAACUAAAGCUGAAAAACUGGAGAUUGCCAAAGGCUACUGUACUCCUCUGGUGAGAAAAAUUCGCUCAGACCUUCAGAGGACACAAGAUGAUGACACUGUAAAUAAACUUCAUCCUGUGUAUUCUAGAGGUGUUCUGUCUCCUGAACGUCAUGUUCGUACUAGAUUAUAUUUUACCAGUGAAAGUCAUGUACAUUCUUUGCUGUCUAUUCUUCGCUAUGGUGCCUUAUGCAAUACCAAUGAUUCUCAGAAUGAAGAUGGAGGAAUGGUGAAGGAGAUGGAAUCAAAGGAUGAACAGUGGAAACGAGCUAUGGAUUAUUUAAAUGUUGUCAAUGAGCUCAACUACAUGACUCAGAUUGUUAUCAUGCUUUAUGAGGAUCCUAAUAAGGAUCUUUCCUCAGAGGAACGCUUUCAUGUUGAAUUACACUUUAGUCCAGGAGCCAAAGGUUGUGAAGAAGACAAAAAUUUACCAUCUGGCUAUGGAUAUAGACCAGCUUCCAGAGAGAAUGAAGGCAGGAGACCUUUUAAAAUUGAUAAUGAUGAUGAACCACAUACUUCUAAAAGAGAUGAAGUUGAUCGAGCUGUGAUAUUGUUUAAACCAAUGGUAUCAGAGCCAAUUCAUAUACACAGGAAGUCUCCACUUCCAAGAUCUAGGAAGAUGGCUACAAAUGAUGAAGAGAGCCCCCUGAGUGUAUCUAGCCCAGAGGGUACUGGUACCUGGCUGCAUUAUACCAGUGGUGUGGGUACUGGGCGUCGAAGACGCAGAUCAGGGGAACAAAUCACUUCUUCCCCUGUCUCCCCCAAAUCAUUGGCUUUCACAUCCAGUAUUUUUGGCUCAUGGCAACAGGUUGUAUCUGAAAAUGCUAAUUACCUGCGAACACCGAGAACUCUUGUGGAACAGAAGCAGAAUCCUACUGUAGGGUCUCACUGUGCGGGCCUGUUUAGCACCUCGGUGCUCGGGGGUUCUUCAAGCGCACCUAACCUACAGGAUUAUGCUCGUACUCAUCGUAAAAAGCUGACCUCUUCUGGCUGCAUAGAUGACGCCACACGCGGUUCUGCUGUUAAAAGGUUUUCUAUCUCAUUUGCUCGACACCCAACCAAUGAACACCUACACCUCUAUAGGUGCUGGUCCGUUUCCUCUGUGGAAUUUCUAGGCUCCAGUGGCUUUGAAUUGUAUUCCAUGGUGCCAUCUAUUUGUCCUCUAGAAACUCUUCAUAAUGCCCUAUCUUUAAAGCAAGUGGAUGAAUUUCUUGCUUCCAUUGCUUCUCCAUCAUCUGACGUUCCACGGAAGACCGCUGAAAUUUCCUCUACAGCUUUACGUUCCAGUCCAAUAAUGAGAAAAAAAGUAUCUUUAAAUACGUACACACCUGCAAAGAUCCUCCCAACACCACCAGCUACCUUAAAGAGUACUAAAGCAAGCAGCAAACCAGCUACAAGUGGACCUUCUAGUGCAGUUGUUCCUAAUACCUCAUCUCGGAAAAAGAAUAUAGCUAGCAAAACAGAAACGCAUGAACACAAAAAAAACACUGGGAAAAAGAAAUGAAAUCUUAGCAGAAGCUGGAACUUUUUAUGCUUAUAAAAAUAUUCCUGGGAGGCCGAGGCGAGCAGAUCACAAGAUCAGGAGAUCAAGACCAUCCUGGCUAACACGGUGAAGCCCCAUCUCUACGAAAAAUACAAAAAAUUAGGUGGGCGUGGUGGCGGGUGCCUGUAGUCCCAGCUACUGGGGAGGCUGAGGCAGGAGAAUGGCGUGAACCCGGGGGGCAGAGCUUGCAGUGAGCCGAGAUCGAGAUCGCAUCACUGCACUCCAGCCUGGGCGACAGAGCAAGACUCUGUCUCAAAAAAAAAAAAAAAAAUUAAGUUCUAGGAUACAUGCGCAGAACAUGCAGGUUUGUUACAUAGGUAUACAUGUGCCAUGGUGGUUUGCUGCACCCAUCAACCCAUCACCUACAUUAGGUAUUUCUCAUAAUGCUAUCCCUAGCCCCCAACCUCCCAACAGUACCUGGUGUGUGGUGUUCCCCUCCCUGUGUCCAUGUGUUCCCAUUGUUCAACUCCCACUUAUGAGUGAGAACAUGUGGUGUUUGGUUUUCUGUUCUUGUGUUAGUUUGCUGAGAAUGAUGGUUUCCAGCUUUAUCCAUGUCCCUGCAAAGGACAUGAACUCCUCCUUUUUUAUGGCUGCAUAGUAUUCCAUGGUGUAUAUGUGCCACAUUUUCUUUAUCCAGUCUAUCAUUGAUGGGCAUUUAGGUUGGCUCCAAGCCUCUGCUAUUGUGAACAGUGCUGCAAUAAACAUAUGUGUCCAUGUGUCUUUUUAGACACAUCUUUUUUUAGUUGAAUGAUUUAUAAUCCUUUGGGUGUAUACCCAGUAAUGGGAUUGCUGGGUCAAAUGGUAUUUCUAGUUCUAGAUCCUUGAGGGAUCACCACACUGUCUUCCACAAUGGUUGAACUAAUUUACGCUCCCACCAACAGUGUAAAAGCAUUCCUAUUUCUCCAUAUCCUCUCCAGCAUCUGUUGUCUCCUGACUUUUUAAUGAUGGGCAUUCUAACUGGCAUGGGAUGGUAUCUCAUUGUGGUUUUGAUUUGCAUUUCCCUAAUGACCAGUGAUGAUGAGCAUUUUUUCAUGUAUCUGUUGGCUGCAUAAAUGUCCUCUUUUGAGAAGUGUCUGUUCAUAUCUUUUGCCCACUUUGUGAUGGGGUGUUUGUUUUUUUCUUACAAAUUUGUUAAAGUUCCUUGUAGAUUCUGGAUAUAGCCCUUUGUCAGAUGAAUAGAUUGCAAAAAUUUUCUCCCAUUCUGUAGGUGGCUUUUCACUCUGAUGAUAGUUUCUUUUGCUGUGCAGAAGCUCUUUAGUUUAAUUAGAUCCCAUUAGUCAAUUUUGGCUUUUGUUGCAAUUGCUUUUGGUGUUUUAGUCAUGAAGUCUUUGCCCAUCCCUAUGUCCUGUAUGGUAUUGCCUAGGUUUUCUUCUAGGGUUUUUAUGGUUUUAGGUCUCACAUUUAAAUCUUUAAUCCAUCAUGAGUUAAUUUUUGUAUAAGGUGUAAGGAAGGGAUCCAGUUUCAGUUUUCUGCAUAUGGCUAGGCAGUUAACCCUUUUACUGUAGUGUGGUAAUGGGAAGAGAACUGAAUGAGAAUCUGGGUGUCUUCUCUGUCUUAUCCCUUUUCUCUACUGGUACAUAACCCUGGGCAAAUUGCUUACCCUCCUUUUUUUUUUUUUUUUUUUUUUUGAGACAGAGUCUCGCUCUGUCGCCCAGGCUGGAGUGCAGUGGCGCAGUAGUGCGAUCUUGGCUCACUGCAAGCUCCUCCUCCCGGGUUCACGCCAUUCUCCUGCCUCAGCCUCUUGAGUAGCUGAGACUACAGGCACCACCACCACUCCCGGCUAAUUUUUUUUUUUUUUUUUUGUAUUUUUUUAGUAGAGAUGGGGUUUCACCAUGUUAGCCAGGAUGGCAGGAUGGUUUCAAUCUCCUGACCUCAUGAUCCGCCCGCCUCAGCCUCCCAAAGUGCUGGGAUUACAGGCGUGAGCCACUGCACCCGGCCCGCUUACCCUCCUUUAACCUUAGUUGCCUCAUUGGUAAAACUGGGAAUAGCAUCUGCUUUUCAUGCUUUGCCAGGUGUGUGUGUGUGUGUGUGUGUUUAUGUGUGUGUGUGUGUGUGUGUGUGAUAAGCAACAAUAAGAUAAUAUAUGAGAGAGUGCUUGGCAAAUUGCAAAGCACAUCACAGAAGUAAAAUACUAUUAUUUCUUCAAUACUGUGGAACAGGUGAAAGGAUACCACUUAGGCUAAUUCAAGGAAGAAAGUGAAAGGCCAUUUAUGAAAUUUCAGCCUUAGCUGCUGUUAGCAUUUAUUUGCUCCAACAAUACAAGUUGACCAUCAGUAAAAAUUGCCACUAGGAAAUCAACUCAAGGGUGGCAGUUUACAAUAGGCUAGGUGUCUCUUUCUGAGGUACAAAGUUACAUCAGUUACAGCAAGGUGAAAUUUCAAGGUUUAGGGAUGACAGUAGAGUGUAAACUGUAGGAUUAAAUCCAAGUUCACUAUAAUUUAGUUGUUUACAAGUAGUUUAAUUGUUUUCAGACUUUCUGUCUGGCUUCUGGGUUUUCAAAUUUUCUUACCAAAGGAAUUCAGUUUUUGGAAAGAGAAAUAAUUUGGCAAAUGUGUGUGGGGGAGUUGUGGUGCUGGGCGGGUGGGCAUGUACAUUUAGGCACUCAUGCAAGCAAGAACUAAAUGUUUAGAGGCAAACUGAAUUGUUCAAAAUUGUUUUUGACUUUUUAUCACAAGCAGUUACUCAAAGAAGAUUCAUGGAGCCAAGAAUACAAUCUACUACCAAUAUGAAAUACUUAUCUAAAAGAGUUGACUGAAAUGUGCUGUAAUAGAGAUUCUUGGAUUUUUUUCUGUUCCAUUCUGGUGGGGAGGAGGGGAGCAGAAUCUGCCAAAUUAAUAUGCAUCUAUAUGAGGGAUUAUAUUUGAGGUUGUCCAAAUGUCCUAGUGCUUUUGUUGCACUAAAGAAGAUGUACAUGACGCUUAUCCAUUUCUACCCAUUGUGCUCAGCUCUUGAUAUUCCUUUACUAUAUAGUUCUGAAAUAAAGAAUUUGGAUCAAUAAAAAUAGGUGAAUAAAUGAAUAGAAAAGAGGGAGAAAACAGAAAGAGAACUGAUUUGUCAGAAAAUUACCAUAGAAAAUAAUUAUUCCUCUCUCCAUUUGUAAGAUAAUUUAUUUUCAAAUAUAUUUAAAUACUCUCUAGUAUAUCAUUGGUUUGCAUCUGGCCCUUUAAGAAAAUAUGCCUCUAUAUGGGAUAUUGGCCAAGUGAUUGAGUGAUGAUGUUGAGAAGUCCCUUAAUCAUAAAACAGGUUUUUCAAAUGAUCUUUCUGCAGCAGAAUACCCCAGUGCUGUGCUGCUUACUGAGAGGAAAAGUAGACUUAACUUGUUCAGUUUUCUUAUAAACCAUUGUUUAUGGUUAAACUGACUUGAGAAAUAAAUGUGUAUCUAACACAUAUUUUUGACAGUGGAUUGCACUAUAUGUCUCAGAUAAAAGUUUAGAAAUGGUUCUUACUUUUAUGGCAUUUAUAGUAUACCAUGUCCUUUAACUUAGAACUAAAGAACAAAGGCAUACAUUUUCUGUUAUUUCAAGACUACUUUCUGGCUCUAAUUUUUGCUAAACUCACGCCUGAAAUACUGCUUGCCCACAGGUAGUGUUGGUAGCACCCAGGCCUUUUGAAUGGUUGAUAAUAAGCUGUUCUUUUAGAAAGUUAUUAAUGUAGGUCCUCUUGGUGUUAGUAGCAAUUACUGGGGAAAAAGAAGUUGAGUGAUCGAUGGAAUCAAGGAAUAAGCCUAGAUUUAACAAAGUUGAAAGGCUUCAUUAAUGCAGGAAUCCUCGCAGCCUUGAAAAAUGAUGUCUGUGAUUCUUUUAAUGGCAAAUUUAAUGGGCAAUAUUUCCCUCCACCAACAACUUAUUUGACCAUGAAAUCCUUUUUUCAUGAAGGUAUCUCUUGGGAAAGAAAGUUGAUUUAGAAAGUGAUAUUAGCAUGAACAUUAGGAAAGCCUUUAAAAUAGGUUGACUCUGCAGUAGAAUCAGACAUGGUUCCAAUCUGGGCUCUGCUACUUAUUAAAUAUGUGCCUGGACACGUUGCAAACACCCUUCUGAGCCUCAAUUUCCUCAGCUGUAAAAUGAGAACAAGAAUACUUCAGAUUAUGUUUUGAAGAUUAGAAGAAACUGAGAAAUGGCCAUGUAAAUUGCAAGGUAUUUUAAUUUUAAAGAUAUAAACUAUUAUGAAAAUAAUUGGUAUAGCAUUAAAAAUUGAUCUAAGAAUGUUUGCCCUACUCAUUUUUUUAAAUGUGCUUUGACAUUAGAUUAAUGAUAUGUAGUAAUCAUGUUUCCUGAUGUUGUAAAGGUGAGUUGUUCUAUUUGAAACCUUUCAAAUACAGAAAUACUAAUUUUAGGAGAAAUAACUAUAACAUAAUAAGGCAAAUGUCUCUCCCCUGCCCCUCCCAGUCUGUGACACACUUUCCUCUUUUGCCUCCUCUGGCCCUCAGGCUCCUGCACAGACUGCGUGCAGCCCCCUCCCAGCCCUGCAAUCCCUGAGCUGGAGUUGCCCCUUGGUUGGGUCCAAGUCACAGGGGUGGGGGACCUACGCGCCAGGAGGAAGCCACACUGGCCUGCGGCCUGCGUGGAGGAGGUGGAGGUACCCAACAUGGCUGGCGGAGCAUGAGCGCCCCAGAUGGCAGAUUGGAGGCUUUCAGCGUGCUUCCUCCUCUUGGAAUUAGCAAAAUAGUGCAUAAAGAUCAACUCUGUGAGCUUUAAUUGAGGAAGGGAAGCAGCAGUUCACUGGAAUAGCAAAGGAUACCCCAGACCCUGUGGAGAGGUGGGCAAGCAGCCCCCACGUCGGCGUUCUGCGGAUAAUGUGUGAAGCCCUAGUAUGUGAGAGGAAUAGCCAGUCUCCCCCUGCGUUUCGCCUUUCCGCUAGUGAUCUGUGCAGCCCAGGCCAAGGGAGAGCACCCUUUUUCUGCCAAACCCGGGAGCUAGCUUGGAGAGAGGCUGAGAUACCGAGAGGGAAAGACACUGGGAAAAGCUGCAGGCAUUUUUCCAGACCUGGGACUGAGAGGAAGACACUUGUUUUGUUUUGUUUUGUUUGAGACGGAGUUUUGCUCUUGUUGUCCAGCUGGAGUGCAAUGGCGCGAUCUCAGCUCACUGCAACCUCCGCUUCCUGGGUUCAAGCGAUUCUCUCGCCUCAGCUUCCCCAGUAGCUGGGAUUACAGGCGUCCGCCACCAUGCCCAGCUAAUUAUUGCAUUUUUAGUAGAGAUGGGGUUUCACCAUUUUGGCCAGGCUGGUCUCAAACUCCUAAGCUUAGGUGAUCCACCUGCCUUGGCCUCCCAAAGUGCUGGGAUUACAGGCGUGAGCCAUCGCCCCUGCCAAGGACACUUUUUUGAAUCUGGGCUCAUACAAAGUCAGUCAUUGUUUGGUAACCUGGCAGUGGUAGCCACGGCAGCCAUUUUAGUCUUGGGCCAGAGAUUGGAGCAUUUGCUUUGGAGCGAGGGAAAGGUCCCCACAGCCGGAAAUGGGCAGUGAGUUUGGAGAGUGCCCUAGCAGUAGGUGCUGAAACUAGGCUCUCUCCCAUCCCAAGACUGGAAUGGAAAGAGAAUUGCAGAAGCCUACUGCGUUUCUACUGAGCAGCAUGACUUGCAGCUUUGCGACCUGAAGCAGGACUGUGUGGGUCAUUGAUGGGUGCCUCAGACUGCUUCCUUGGUCAGUUGAGGGAGAGUGCUUCACCAGCUGCAAGGAGUAGGAGGGAGGUGGACCCCACUCACCUGGAGAUCUAACCCUCCGUGUGAACUGCCACUAAGGGAAGAGGGAGUGCAGGCCGCCAAAGUCCCUUUGGGGUCAAAGGAACUAUGAGUGCUGUGACAGCCACCAAAGGGCACAACACCAAAGCCUGGGAACAGACUUGGAGAUGGGGGUCAUCUCUCACUUCCAGACAGCCUCCCCAGUGUACUUUCGUGGACAUAGCAGCGCCUCUUCCUGCUGGGACCCAGGGAGUGUAGGGUGAAAGAAGUGCCUCUCAGGCUUUUCCAGGGGCUCCACCUCCGCUGAAGACAAGUGGCAUGGGGAAGAGGUGAGGAGGGCGCUUGGGCUUUUCUUUUGCCUCCACCCCGCUGAAGGCUGGCAUAAGCAGAGUAAGAGCCUCCUGCCAGCUCAUCUCUUACUCUUAAGCACCAUCUACUGGACUGCAGCCUGAAUUACACCAAAUAAGAAUACACUGCUACACCAAGCAAGUCUGAGAAACCCACCAUAUGAAGCUAUCUGCAACCAAGGAACUCUACAGAGCCCUGGUCCCAUAACGGCAUCCAGAAACAAAGCUAAUCGAUCUGUUAAAAUAAAGUUAAUAUGGCCGGAGAAGGACUCCAUACUUCUGUAGUUUAGUCCUUGUGGAUGAACUGUAAUCUAACUUAAUAGGUAGACAAGAUUGACAACCUAACUUAGCAGUAUGCACCUGUAACAAUAGCUGAGUCUUGGCCAAUCCCAGCAGCCGUACUUCAACCACUCAUACACUGCCAAGUGUUUAAACUGUGUUCAAAUAAGGCAAACGCCAAUCAGUCCAGCUAUUUCUGUAACUCACGUCCAAUUUCUGUAUGUCACUUUCCUUUUCUUGUCUAUAAAUUUGUUCUGCCCAUGAGGUA